AUGGUGGUCCAACUCCCCUGUGACGGCAACGGCGUGUGCAUGGUCUGCGGCGCGAAAGGAGAGACGCUCUCCUGUAAGACGUGGCACAUCAUUUGCCUCGCCGCUCCCCCGGAAACCCUAUCUGAGGCAGCCCAAGGGGAUUGCCCCGACUGUUCCGGCGCCGCCACUGAAUCGGACGAGCUUUUGAGCGGGACCGCCGGCGGCCAUGGUGAUGUCAGUGAUGAUAAAGAUGGUGAUGCUGGAGGACUUUUGGGGUUAUUGGGUGAUAAGUUCAAUUGCUCCAUUUGCAUGCAGCUACUCGACAAGCCUGUCUCUGUUUUGCUGAAUGUUCUUUGGUUGUUUGGUUUUCUGAGUCGGAUCAGUUAUUCUCUGGGCGGUUUUAAUGAUCUGUGUGGUUUGCCUCCAAUCUUUUUCAGUGGAUGGCUAAACUUUCCCAGGCAAAUGUUUCAGAAGGCAUCCCAAAGGUCUAUCCAUUUAUCCGCAACCAAGAUCGUCCAGACAAAGCUUUCACUAAUGAGCAUGCACGAAAAGCUGGGAAGGCUAAUGCAUGCAGUGGGAAGAUAUUUGUCACAGUUCCUCUUGAUCAUUUUGGUCCAAUUACAGUGGAGAAUGAUCCAUAAAGAAAGCUGGGAUGGGCAAAAAUUUGAAGAUCGGAUGGAAUGCAGGCAAUGGGGUGCCCACUUUCCUCAUGUUGCCGGAAUCUGUGGUCAGGCGGAUCAUGAUGUUCAGUCAGUGCUUUGCUUGGAGGUUAUGAAGAUGGCGAGGAUCAUGGGGAUUGGUUCCUCUACACUGGAAGUGGUGGACGUGAUCUUAGCAGGAAUAAAAGGACAAACAAGUUACAGUCUUCCGACCAGACAUUUACAGAACUUAAUGAAGCUUUGCGAGUCAGUUGCAAACAGGGUUAUCCAGUCCGUGGCGAGGUCCCAUAGAGAGAAACGUUCUUCUUUUGCACCUCAAGAUGGUUAUGAUGGGAUUUAUAGGAUUGAAAAGUGUUGGCGUAAGAAUGGAGCUCAGGCACUGCGUUUAUGGCGUAAUAGUACUUCAGAGAUAAACAAUGAGCUAUACAAUGGUUACAAUAGAGGGAAUUCAGGAGGGCGGAUUAAUGAGAUUGUAGCAGGUACAAGAAUGCUUAUCGAGUUUAUCAAAGAAAUGCCAAAGCCUGAAACAAUCCCAGGCUUUACAUGGAUUAUCGUACAGCUCUUCCCUGUACUUGGAAUGGCCAAUGGGAAAGAAGGUGUGGUGAGUUGUCAGAUUUGGACCAAAUCAUCUCCUGUCCCAUCCCUCAUCCCCCACAAUUCCCAUUAG